GUCGUCCAGGCACCGCCAGCACCGCUGAGCGCAGCGCUGAGCGGCGUCCUGGCACUGCGGGGAGCAUUUCUCAGAGCGUGCGCUCGAUGUACAGCUGCAAGAGCAUGGCCAGUUCGAUGAGCAGGCGACACUCGAGAAAACAGAGCUGCGUGGCUUUGUCCUUUGAUCAGCUUUUCACGCAAUCGUUCAGCAGGGCAUCAAAGAGAAUGGCCUGCGAAAGAAAAGAAGGAAUCAGACCCGGAACAGCGCUUCGAGAUCGUAAACAGUACAGGAGUUUACACCGCUGGUGGACCAUGGCCGAGCUCAAAGUUGCAGAAGAGGCUGGCGACCUGGAGGAGGGGAGCGAUGGCAACUCCACCGCCUCGGGAUUAGGAGACGACCAUAGUGGCAAAGAAGUCCAAAAGGCACCCACUGCUCCGGCGACUCCAAUGCUGGGUGCGCGACGACGCAGCAUCGAAGCGCUGUUGGAAAAGCGACGGACCUCUCUGAAAGCUGCGAAGAUGAUGAAAGAGAUAGCGAACGCGACGCCGCAGGCUCCGGAGGAGGAACAAAAGGAGGAGCAACCGAAACACCGAAAAUUCAAGAAAGCAAGAGGAAUGACCAUUGACGUUUCAGAGGUCAAAGAUCCGGAUUUGAUUGAGAUUUUGCAGUUGCCGCCAGAACACGAAGUGAGAAUGUUCUUAGGUGAAUCGUCGGGGGCUGAUGAGUUCACAGAGAAAGAGAUUGCACGCUUGCGGAAAGCAUUUGUGAAGCACAGGAGUACAUUCAGCCUGGAAAUUCACAGUGAUGAUAUUCCACAGAUUCUUGACUACUUGGGUCACCUGAAGAUCUCAGCGGAAAAGAUUCAAGAGUAUGUCUCGGAGAUCACGAAAUAUUCGACUUUGGAAUUCGAUGAAUUCGUGAGUUUUAUGCUGCUGGCCAGAGCCUAUGACCACGAGGAGGUUUCAAAGAUAUUUACGAAAUUUGAUGCUGAUGGAUCCGGCGAGCUCAGUGUAGAAGAACUGGAAGAUGUCCUGAAAUCCUUGGGCAUCACUCCGUUUCGCUCCACGAUCUCUGGGGCUUUGGCGGUUGUUGACUCUGACGAUUCCGGCACACUGGACUUCCAGGAGUUUGUGCAACUUCUAUUGAUCUACAGAAAAACGGAGGGAUUCUGUGAGGCUGAGAUCAUGAAACUCUACCGGAUCUUUCGUCGAUUUGCAGAAGAAUUGAAAGAUGGCAGUGGGCGAUUUGUUCUCCCUUCUGCCUUGUCCAGCAAGGCGGGACAGAACCGAUGUCACGAUGUGCUGCUGGGUCCGUCAGAACUCCAGUUUCUGAAGGCCUUGAUGGAGAUGUUCGGCAGCCAAACAGCCCUCCUGGCAUCUCGCCUGGGAAGCGAGUUGCCAAGGCCACCCUCUGAGCAAAGCGAUGCCGAUGAGGAGGGGAAGCGAACAAAAAGCGUUGAUGGGGAUGGAAUGACUCUGCGUGAAUUCUUGCUCUGGGCCAGGCGUCUACGCGAAGUUGAGGUGGAGUGGUACAGACAGGAAUUCGAACGUGCAGAUGUUGAUAAAGGAGGUUACUUGGAUCAGGACGAGAUCCGUCUGGUGCUGCAGCGCGUGGGUUAUACUCCGCUGAGGGCAGUCACUGGGCAUGUCAUGGCCACACGACAUGCGGCCAGAGCCGACCUGGACCCAGGUGACGUCAUGGAUUUCGAUGAGUUUGUGGAAAUGAUGGAAAUCUUCCGAACGAACAACGGCUUCACUCGGAAUGAGGUCAAGGAGUUCAGGCACAGCUUUGACAUGUUCAACACGAGCCAACAGGAAGAGGUUGACGUCAUCCAGGUGGGAAGCAUCUUGCGUUCCUUGGGAAUAGGUGCAGAGCUUGCGCAAGUUCAGGUGCCUCGCGAGCUCGCUUCCGUGCUGUUGCCGAAUGGCAGCAACUCCUUGGAUUUCAACGAGUUCCUACGACUCAUGCGGCUUCAGCGAGAAGAUGAACUCAUGAGCGUCAAGCAAGUCUUUGACUCCAAAGCCGAUGCCUGCGUCACUGAGGAUGUGAACGUCAGAGUCACCAUCGCUCCGAAAGACGUGUCGUCCAUGUUCCGCGGGCUCGGAUAUCCCGACUCCGUGGGGAAGUCGACCAUGGGUGCACCCGACCAGCUUGACCCAAUGGAUGGAAGCGCCUUUGUUGCAGAAAGCCUGUUGCAAUGCCAGAAGAGUGGCGUCAUUGCCCAAAAGGAGCUGGUGAGUUUCUGCAAAGAGCGAGGUUUACCCUUGGCAACCAAGCAGGACCAGCAGAACCUCUUGGGCUUCAUCAAUGAAGCGCGCCGAGCCGCUCUAAACGCUGGUGUGGCACCAGAACAGUGUGGCAAUGACGAAUCGCCUACGUUGACGUUUUGGGUCUUCAUCCACCUCCAGCGCAUUCUGCAAACGCAUCAGGAUCAGUUGAAGGCAUCGGAGCUCCGUUCCAGCGGAGGCAACAGCUUCUCUCAGGCGGAAGUGGACGAGUUGUCCCACUUCUUCGUUCAAGGUGUAGAAGAAGAAAAGAAGGCGCAGAAAGGAAAAGACGGAGAUCCCAACAAGGCUGGCUCGCUGUGGGUCUUUGUGCAGUGA